ACACCCUCCUCGUGCUAGCGUUUUCAGAAUGUCCAAAGAUACCAAGGCACAAGCUGCCGCCGCGCAAUUGAUGAUUGAUGAUGAGCCAGAUGAGUGGGAGAAGCGGAUCUUCAGCACAGGCUGCGCGGAUGAAAAUGCGAAACUGACUGACUGCUACUAUGAGAAGAAAGAUUGGCGAGCGUGCAAAGCGGAGAUGGAAAUCUUCCGAAAGUGCUGGCAAACACAAGGGAACGACAAGCGCACAGCUUCGAAGGACGUCUAGGCGCCGUGUCAGUGUUUUGGAGGGCUUGCCUCACAGGAACAUGCAAGACGCAUAUUCGAAAAGUACU